AUGAAGCGCAUUGCUGUGAUUCUCGUGGCACUCUUGGUCACAUUCACCUUGGCCGUGCCAUCCAAAUUCUCGCGCAAGAACGUCGAAUUGCCGCCAGGCAUCCACGUCCGUGACGAUCACAUUGUCAUAGACAACCCACCUCCGGCCUCCGGUGAGACUGGCAGUUUCGAGGACCUUGCAGAGCAUGUCGACACCGAUACCGACCAGCUACCUCACUUCCCCAAUGGCACCGGAUCCUUCAUCACCACCGAGUUCGGCGAGCCCAUUUAUUACCCGCCCCCACCUGCAGACGCGCCGGAUUCUGGCUCCAACUCCACCAUGUUCUCAAACGACACCACAUGGGCCACGGCCAAUGGCGACAAGCAGCUGAUGGACCUCCGAAUGGGCGGUGCCGCAGUCCAUGUAGGCACUUUACGCAAGCGCCGUCUGUACGAUGCCAUCUACGCCUGCCUAGACGCCCAAUGCAAAGUACAAGACUGUUUCGAACCCGAGCCCUUUGAGGGCAAAGGCUGCUUGAUUGAAAACAUCGUCUACAACGCCGGCGACAACAAGUACAGCGUCAAGGACUCCAAACUCAUCAUCACCAUCCGUGCCAUCCAUAAAAGCAAAGAACAUCCAGAUCUGGAUGCAGCAGCCUGCACCACCAUCUCCCAAAUGUACCACAUCAUGUCCGACGAACCCGAAAACUGCUACAACAUCGACUUCAAAGGCAGCCGGCGCACCACCCUCUGCAGCGUCGCCCAGCAAGCCCUCGUCGCCUUCCCCGUCGUCCCCAACAGCAAAGUCCUCGGCACCCUCUACAUCAUCUCGCUGUACUACAACCGCAAACUCGACAACAACUCCUUCAACGGCCGCUCUGCCCUCGGCACUGUCAAGAACUGGUUCGACGAUUCGGCAAAGGCGGGCCUGGCACGGGCGAUGGGUGUGCAGGCGGGGAAUGUGGUGUCUAGGGUGAAUUGGGUGGAUAAUCGCUGCUUUUUGCCGAAUUGGUGGUGGGAUUGUAAUCGGUCGUUGGAGAAUCAGGUGGGGUCUUGA